AUGGGUGGAGCUGGAAUCGCCCUCUUAUCACUUGACAGCGUUGUAAUUUUGCUUGGAAUUUUCAUCUUUGUGAACUUGGUUUUCUGCAGGACUGGAGAGGCAAAUGAUGCUGCCGCCGCCCCCGGAUCUUCCCUGGAUCCUAGGAGAGCCAUCAAAGAUGGCAACAUGGAGGUCCUGGGUAAACUGAAAGAAGCCGCAGAAGCAGCCACUGAAUUAGCCGAGGCUAUUAGUGAUUACCAUCGCGACAGCAGCGGCAUCGCAGUUGGCUGCUGCUGCGGUGGCGGUUGUGGUGGUGACGAUGGUGGCGGUGGCGGUUGUGGUGGUGACGGUGGUAGCGGCGUUGGCGGCGAUGGUGGUGGCGGCGGCGGUGGUGGCGGCGGUGGUUGCAGAGGUGGCGGUGGUGUCGUCUGA